GAAACCACGUGCUGCACCUCAACAAGGAGGUGUGUCUCUGUGUGAAUAUGGCUGACAGUGAAUUGGAUGAUAUUCGUGCCAAAAGACUGGCAGAACUUCAAUCUCAGUAUGGCAUGAAGCAAGAAGAUCAAGAGAAAGAAGUUCAAAAGGAAAAAGAGAUGAUAAAUGUCAUGUUGACUCAAAUACUUGAGCAAGAUGCAAGAGCUAGACUUAACAGUAUUGGGUUGGUUAGGCCAGAGAAAGCUCAAUCGAUUGAAAGGAUGUUAAUACGAAUGGCACAGAUGGGACAGAUACAGGGAAAGUUAGGAGAGAGUGAGCUAGUGAAGUUGCUAGAACAAGUUAAUCAACCAAAGAAGACAACUGUUAAAUUUGAUAGGAGAAAGGUGUAUGACUCAGACUCUGACUAACAAAGGACAAGGGAUCAGCCAUAACUUUAAGACACACGUAUUGGAAACUUUAAUACAUUUCUUCCUUUUAUUGUUCAAAAUGUCAUGAUUUAGUUGUUUUUUUAAAUUUAUAAAAAAAUACAGUAA